ACAGACAAAGCUUCAUUAUUAGCAGAAGUAAUCCAGCAUGUGAAGGAGCUGAAGCGUCAAACUUCAAUAAUAGCAGAAACAAGCCCAGUGCCGACAGAAACCGACGAGUUGACGGUGGACGACGCUUCCGAUGAGGAGGGCAGGUUCGUGAUCAAAGCCUCGCUUUGCUGCGAAGACAGGUCCGAUCUCUUGCCGGACCUCAUCAAGACGUUGAAGGCCCUCAGGUUGAGAACCGUGAAGGCAGAGAUCACCACGCUCGGCGGACGCGAGAACGUCUUGUUCGUCACCGGCGAAGAAGAAGAUCAGCUCAGUGGCGGUGGCGAGGAGCAGGGACAGCAUCAGCAUUGUAUAAGCUCCAUCCAAGAGGCUUUGAAGGCAGUGAUGGAGAAGAAUGGUGGUGGUGAUGAGAAUGGGAAUGUAAGAGGCAAAGAACUAAUAAUAAUAUCAAUAUCCUCGAACAAAACAGGUCUUUAUGAUUAG